CUGAGUUUGGUGUGGACUGACGUUACUUCAGUCACCUAACUCCUUCCUGCUUAGUUGACACAAGGAGUCAUAAUUCUUUGUUUGAUGGUUAGGGAAUAGAAAAAUGGAAAGUCCGGACAAUGGAGUCAACAGAACUGUUCUUGUUAGAAAGUCCAGAUGGCAUUUAUUGCCACUUGCUCUCUUUAUUAUCAUGCCAGUCACAUUUGUGGUUUCGUAUGUGGUAGCUGUCUUGAAUAACCAUGUCUAUCCAGCAUUCCCAUAUAUAAGUGACACAGGGUCCAAAGCACCAGAGAGUUGCAUUUUUGGUCAACUGCUCAAUCUUUGUGCUGUCUUAGUUGGGCUGAUUGUGUACUUACGCUUCAAACAACUAAAACUUUUAUACGGGAGGCCAGAGCUGAGUAUUAUUUUAAUGAGAGUUAACCUUGUAGCGUUCAUCACAGGUCUUAUAGCUGCAUUUGGAGUUACUAUGGUGGCUAACUUUCAGGAGAGUUCUGCCUAUAAUGUUCACAUGUUUGGGGCACUGAUGACUUUUGGAUGUGGCCUUUCUUUCUGUGGGCUUCACACAGUACUAUCAUAUAAGCUUUGUCCGCUUAUUAACCCAAGAUGGUUGUGUCAUGUGAGAUGCAUUCUCACUCUCGUCACACUAUUAUUUAUGAUAUUAAUGUUUGUUGCAGGAGUACUAUCCCUUCCUCAGUUUUCAGGAUCAGACAAAAAUAUGUGGUCUCCUGAUAUCCCAGGAUAUGAUGUACAUGUGAUAAGCACAUCAUCUGAGUGGGUAAUGGCAAUGGGCCUACUGGGAUUCUUCCUUACCUUUAUGUUCGACUUCAGGAACUUUAGGGUUAAAGCCCCAAAACUGUUCUGUGAUAUGGCAAUACCUGAUGUAAGGUAUCAGAUGAAUGGAGAGCAAAUUGCAGUAGAUCAUCAGGGCAUGGCAGAGGAUACUGCUAUGAUUGCAUGAUAUUAUAAGGAUUGAAAAAAAGCUACGAUAAAAUCUCAGGUUACCAUGAGUGAUUCCUCUAUAAAAGUUUAGUGCCUAUAACAGAUAUAGAAUAUUUUUUAAUGAGGAAUGACAUUUUACCAACUUCCAAUGACUCCAAUGGUGAAAUGAACUCUGGGUACCUACAAUCUUCACAUUUAUUGCUCCUACCAAAAGUGUUGCAUAAUGCUUAUUACAUGUUUGUCUUCCAAAUUGCCUGUGUGCUACCAGUAUAAACUAAAAUAUAAAUAUGCAUUAGAUUAUUCUUUAUAUUAUUAUUAUUAUUAUUAUUAUUAGUAUUCAAAAUUCAAAAUUAUAGCAUCUUCAUGUAUUGUGUACUAACAUUUUUUCAAUAUUUCUAUCGAUCCACAAGUGAUUUCUUUGUUGCCUAGCAUGACUUCAGUAGUCUACAAAGAAAUGUGGCUGAAAAGUGCAAGCUGCUAAGCAAAUAAACAACAGACUUCUUUCUACUCCAAAGAAAUUUUACAUGUGUUUUAAAAUAACAAAAAGUAUAUAUUUAGUUUUUAAUCUCAUCAAUUUAUUGCAAAUUAUAGUUUAUUUGUAACUGUUCUUUACAAAUUACUUGUACUUAUAUUUUUUAAAGAUCCUAUUUAAUAUAUUAUUUUAGUUGCUUCUGUGUAAUUGUUUUAGUUAUCUUCCCUCCCACAUCCACUUGUGCUUAAAUUUGUAUCAUAAUUAUUGAUCCUUUUUUGAUAUAUACAAAGACAUAUUCAAAACAGGUUAUUUAAAGCGGGUCUUACUGAUUUAGUAAUAUAUAGUAUAUAUAAAUAUAUAUAUAUAUAUCAAAAUCAGUAUAUAUCAGUAUAUAUAAAUCAGUUGAGAAAAUAAAUAUCAAAUUCUAGGCUGCUAGUAGUAUUCAUCCUGUUAAUUGAUUGGCUGGAUGCAUUGGGACAACUGUUCUCGACAAAUUCUUUAUUUUGGGAAGGAAGGGUUUGUAAUGUUGUUUUUUUUUGUUUUG